GCUGUGCCUGUGCGACAGAUUGAAAAAGACAAGCCGGAGCAAGGCUGCAGAGCAGCGUUCGAGAGAGCUCUCGUGGAAAAAUCAGUGGCUGCAUCGUGCGCGUGGGUGUGUCUGUGUUCGUGUCUAUGUGCGUGUGUGCGCGCGUAAUCGUCUUGCCGAUACAAAAUAAUACACAUAUAGUAAACGAGGCUGACAAAAAAUAAUAACGAGUGGGCCGAAAUUCGUGCAAGGAUCUUUCGGGAGACGAAAUCGCGCGCGCGCGCUUUGUGUUGAGUGUGUGCAUGCGUGUGUGCGUGCGCGCGUGAUGAGCAGCGGUUAAAAAGAUGUCAAAGAGACUGCCGAGAGGUGGCCACAAAAAUGUUUACUCGCCGGCGAAGAGGCAGAGGCUCGACGUCACCCGGGAGUCGUCGAACCUGUCUCAGCAGCAGCAGCAGUCGUCCUCGAACGCCAGAUACGCGACCGCGGACAGCUGCAGGCCGAGCACCAGCAGCAACGGCAGCAGCAGCAGCAACAACAACAACAACAAUGGACUCGUGCCGAUUCAAAGUGCCAAUGCCUUCGAGGACCUGUGGGGCGACGACGAUUUCGAUCCCGGCGACGACGAGCUCGAGGAGCUGGACUUCAUCGCGUCGCAAGCCACGCAGGAGGACAGAGUUUUCAAACCGCCGCAGCCGCCUGCGCCUGCACCGAGCAAAGUCUCGCCGGGUGCCGCCGGUGCAUCGAGGAACAAUGGAACCGUCGUCGUCAAGGCCAGCCAGCAAUUCACCAUCGUUCAGUCUCAGAUGUUGGCCUCCUCGUCGUCGAGCUGCAUAUCCAAGGAGAUAGAGGAGUGCUCCCAGGCGUUCGAGUUCGACGACUUCGAAAAGGAUGUCAAGAGCAAUUACCACAAUUCGACGUUUUGCCCUAAACCAGCGAAUUCAACGUCGAAUAUAGUUUUGGUCUCCGAUGGAGAAGAGGUAGCUAAACUGAAGGAAGAGAAUAAGAAACUUCUGGAUGACUUCAUGACGAAAGAGGGAGAGACUGAAUUUUUACGCCAGCACUUGAAUCAAAUGCAACAGAGGUACGAAGCUGCCAAGAAAGAACAGGAGCGCAUUAUAAAGGAGGAAAGAAUGAAAUUCGAAGCUGAUAGGAAUGAGUUGAUGAAGAAAAACACAGCUUUAGAAUCUGAAUUACAAUUAAAGACUUUCAAUCUCAACUCCAUGUCUGAAAAAGUGGAAAUCUUAAAAUCAGGCUCUAUGAAGCUAGCUCAACCAUCUGUCAAUAAAAUGAAAAGUCAAAAAAGUGUAAUGAACGCAUCAACGAAUAAUUUUUCAGCUUUGAAUAGCUCUUUUAAAAAAACGAAAACCAAAGAAGUGAGUACACAGAUUGAAGAGUCCGCAAAGUAUGAAAUUUUGAAAACUUCCAUUAUACACUAUCCUCUCAAAAUAGUUCCUAGCUGUGUAUUCGAAACAGCUGAAUCAGAAAAAUCUGUCAUCGAAAUCAAAAUAGAAGAAAAAACGGGUAAAAAGAAUUUAGCCAUAGUUCAAGAUGAAGAAACAUUCCGAAUUUUUGAAAAUCCCGAACUUUCCAAGCCAAAAUUAACAACUGUGAAUGGGAAGAAUUUGACCACAGAAUUUUAUUUAUGCGACUUGGCAGAAUUGAUAGAAAAAACAAGCUACGAAAUAAACUCCACGGAAUGCAUUCCAAAAAUCAACAAGAUCGUAGCAACUGCUCGCGAGCUCCUGUUGAAUUCAACUCUGGUCCUGCAGAAAAUAUCCGAAGCCAUGCAGAACGAUGACAUUCGCGACAUGAACGAGCUCUACAUGUCCGAAUUUUACGAGCUUCCCGUGUCCCACACGCACAACUUUUGCGAGGCCAAGGCCUGGUACGAUCUCGAGCGCGGGGUCGAGACGCGGCGAGCCGUCGGCCUGCUCUCUCAUCUCGUCAGCGCGUCGGAUUAUCUGGCCGAUUACGUAUGUGGAAAUCGAAAAUUGCAAGUGAAAGGCGACAAGGAAUUCGAGAGCUAUGCCAAACAAAUGAACAGCUAUAACUCCUGGUACAGAAAGGGUUGUACUUAUGAAUUUCUGGAUUUGAUUGUGGAUUUUGUCACUAUCGUUGGAACGAUAAGAAGAUCCCAUCAAUUCACAGGACUGUUAAUAGCUAUUAUGACUUUGAUUUCGAAUGUACAACAUAAAAUGAAUUCCGAUGGUAUCAGGAGAAUAUUUACCAUAGUCAAAGAAAUAACAUUUAGCAGGCCUUUACUCUCGACUUUUAUUUCUCUUUGCAAAACAAUGAAAGUUUAUUCCUUGUAUCCUAGUUUUGCAAAUAAAUUUUGUGUUGCUCCAAAACAUAGUGGUAUAACCUACUGGUCUGGUUCUCCUCAUUUUACAAAAGACGCUUGUACAAUAGAAGUAUUAAUUGCUCAACUAGAAAAUUUUAAGCUGGACCCUGUAACUAUGAUCCAUAUAACAAUGGAUUUAACUAGAUUUAGUAACGUGGCACUGAUAAAUAAGUGCAUUCCUUGGUUGGAACAAACGAUAUAUACGUGUAAUUGUUGUUUAAAAUUGUUGAAGUUUGUUCUUUUUAACUUGUGUGAAUGUUCUAAAAUAAAUGUGGGUGACCUGAAAGAAAAAUAUGUCAAGACUGAAAAUUCAAUUGUAGAAUCUAACAGCCAAUUAAACAAAGUGUGUAUUAAUGUGAAAAAAGAAUUACAAAAAGUUCAAGAUUGGGAAAAAUUCGAAGAAAGAUACAAAGGACACUAUUGGAAGGAGUUAACAGUGAAUCAAUACACUGCUAUAUCUAAUGGGAUAAAACUUAUUAGUUAUUUAGCCAAAAGAGAUUUAGACUUUAUGAUCAGAAUGCACUGUAUUGAAGAUGCAUUUCAUCUAUUUUUGAGGAAUUUAAAUAGCAGAAAAGAUAUAACUUUAAGCAAAAGCGACGAAAUCGCGCUUGAUCUUGUAAAAAAAACAUUUGUAUUAGAAAAGAGAGAAGAAAAUAAAGUUGGAAAACAUGAAGUGAAUAUGGUCAAAGUUGUGAGUGAGAGUUGGUCAAAUUAUCAAUCAAAAGUUUUGAGGCUCUCAAGGCUAUUUGAAAAAUUGUAAAAUAUAUCGAACAAUAUGAUUUUUGGUUGACUAGUUCAAUUUUAUCACUUGCUACGUUGUUCCUAUACAUUUCCAUCUCUCGACGCUCUUGCUGUGGAUUAGAUAUUAAAAUUUAGAUGAAAACAUUUUUUUGUACAGUGCUUAGGAUUAUAUUUUAUUACUAUUAAAUUCAUUGAGUGAAUUUAAUGAAAAGAACAAAGAAAUUAGUCUUAUUGUGAUUAGUGUAGUUGCAUUUUGAAGCAACUGCAAAGGUGAUCAAGUGUGCCUAAUUUAAUUUUAGCUGUUAUUCAAUAUAGUCCAAAAGAAUAGUGUAUCUUUAUGUUUCAUUAAUAGUAUAUUAGUAUAACGUUGUGAAUAAUGUAUUGUCCAUGUAUAAGAAUAUUUUUAUAUUCAUGACAAUAGUUACUCAAAAGUUUAUUUUAUAGAUAGAGUGUUCCUGUAUCGAUAUGAAUUGUAUGAAUUUUAUUAUGCCUUGUAAAUUCUAAAUGUUAUGUUCACGUUGCUUACGUGUUAAUUGUAAUGUUAUCCGUAACAAAUUUAAUCUUUAAAGUUGUAAUAAAUUUCUUUGGUAGUAA